CAACUGGUUAUUUCCCUUUUUUCUUACAACAAUUUCCAUGCAGCCACAAACAAUAAAGACCAAACCGUUCCUUUUUUCUUAACCAAAAAUUUGGAAAUGGCAGAAACAACAGUAACAGUAGAAUCAACAGCAACGGAAGUACCCUCAACAAUGGAGCAAUUAUUAGAAAAACACAAAGAAGAACAAAAGAAACUUACAUCCAUAAUAAUUGGAUUACGGAAAAGUGCACCUAAAAGUGAUAAAAGGAAAAAACGGGAGAUCGCCUCAAAGAUUGCAGAUUUGGAAUACGAUCUAAAAAAAAAGCAAGAAGAAGAAAUACGAGUUUUCAAAGCAAAAGAAGCAGGACUAGAUCCAGAUCAAGCUGAAGAAGAGUUUGACGAUGGCAUUUCACUAGAUCGCUUAAACGAGUUGACUCUACAAGAUAAGAAGUCGGAUACAACACCUGAAGUGAAAAGUAUAGCUCCUGAAAAUAAGCCCAAGAAAGUCAAUAAAGCAAGACAGAGAAUUGAAAAGCGUAAUGCAGAAAUGGAAAGGUUACGUUUAGAAGCUGAGAAAGAGGCCGAAAAUCAAGUGGAUAUGAGUACUGUUGAGACAGAAGCCCUUACGAAAAAGAUAGCACCGUUGAAUUUAAGGAUAAAGCAGAUAACUGCUGACGGUCACUGGUAAACAUUCAUCAUAGUAAGCUCGAUUAUUAGCUUUUGAGAUUAACUCAGUGGCGAAUACACUUAUUUUCUCUUUUAUCUAGUCUUUAUAAUGCAUUCUCACACCAGUUAAAGUUGAGAUACGACGAAGAUGUCAACUAUAAGGAGUUAAGGAAGUUGGCAGCAGACUAUAUGCGCAAAAAUGCUGAUGAUUUCACGCCGUUUUUAUACUUGGAAGAUGGAGAUUUCAAUAAGUACUGUGAUGAUAUAGAAAAUACAGCCCGUUGGGGAGGUCAAUUAGAGGUG